CAGCGUGAUUGCGUCAUCAUUGCGGGCCCCGGAACCUUCGAGCGACGACGGACCGACUUGUUCCUCAGUAAAGCGAGCUAAUUUCCUCUCAUUUGAACAACAAAAUAAAGCAAAACAAGCCAGACAGCAGCAGUCGUUUGGAUGUUUCUUUAAGGUGUCUCUGAGGUCCAGCAGUGCAGACAGUUGCCAUGGCGUCUCCAGGGAGACAAGGAGCAGGAGGAGCAGGAGGAGGAGGAGGAGGAGGGGGAGGAGGAGCUCUGUCGACGAGAGGAGGCAGCGGGGCCAGGAGGAUGAAGUGGGCUCUGGAGCUCAGCUUGGGCAGCACCAGGAGUCGUGGUGAUCGGCAGGGCGGUCAGGGAGACGUCGUCUAUCCCAUCGGUUACUCUGAGAAGCCCGUCCCCGACACCAGCAUCCAGGAGACGGACAAGAACCUGGUGGAGAAGCGCUGCUGGGACGUGGCUCUCGGGCCCCUGAAGCAGAUCCCCAUGAACCUGUUCAUCAUGUACAUGUCAGGCAACACCAUUUCCAUCUUCCCCAUCAUGAUGGUCUGCAUGAUGGCCUGGAGGCCCAUCCAGGCGCUCAUGUCCAUGUCUGCCACCUUCAAGCUGCUGGAGAGCUCCAGUCAGCAGUGGCUUCAGGGCCUCGUCUACCUGAUCGGUAACCUCCUGGGCUCGGCAUUGGCCAUCUACAAGUGUCAGUCGAUGGGACUGCUCCCAACACACUCGUCUGAUUGGCUGGCUUUCAUUGAACCGCCUCAGAGGAUGGAGAUCCUGGGUGGAGGGAUGGUGUUGUGAAGAGGAUGGAGCGUGCCCAUACCAGAGUCAGAUAUUUACAGAGGUUAUAUACUGUACAUUUCUCUCCCCGCGCCAUGCAGCCCGGCUACCUGCUCGAAGCGCUCGUCUGCGACACAAUUCGACCUCUGCAGCGGCGACAGGCAAGACGUUUGUUAAAUCGGCAGCAGGCGGGCGCAGCGUGGCUUUCUGCGUACGCACACACACACAAACACACACUUUUUGUUUGUCUCCUGUGACAUUAACGUUACUUCAGCCUGCUGAUCUGCUUCAUGACUUUGCCGUGACAUCUGUUGUCCCUCGUUCAUUCUUUUUGAUUCUUCGUUUGAUUUUUUUGAUUUAAUAAAGAUUUAAAAGCUAACAGAUUAUCAUGUUGACACCGUUGAACUGCUGUCUUUUUCUUUACAGCCGACAUUAACAACACAGUGGGGGGUUGUUUAUGAGGUGAUUUUAGAGCGUACAGAGUUAUAGCCAUUUGUUUUGUGGGGGGCCAACAUCAUUAAAGCAGACGUUUAUUUGCCCAAAACUCUUAAAAAUGGAGGUAACCGUCAGUAAAAUGUUUUCAUUUUGGAAAUGUCUUUUGUUCUAUUACAGUUUUUCCAUUUUUGUUUUCGGUUCUCAGUUUGUCGUGAAACAGUUCUGUUAACAACAGUUACUAACCAGUUUAAUUUAUAGGUCUGUUUAUUUAUACUGAUUUCCUCUCUGAAAAUGUUCUAUGAAAUAAAUCCUUAUAGGCUGAACUGAAAUGUUUUCAACUGUGUCAAUAAAUGUGUUGGAUCAAAUAAAA